AUGCUGCGCUCCAUGCUCCGGCGCUUGACGUCGGACCGGACUGAAUCGGUCGACGACUACGUCGGCGUCGUCGUCCCGCUCGUGGAGGCGCACCUGCACAGCCACUCGGCGCGGACGGGCAAGUGCGAGUUCGAGGAGCGGCCGAGCCAGGACGAUGAUGGCAAUGGUGACGGUGAUGACGACAACGGUGAUGACGGCGACGACGACGACGUCAAGGACCAGACCGAGAGCACGGGGAUGCUCGAGAUGAGCGCCGCCGAGUACACGAUUGAGGGGCUGAGGAAGGAGGUGAGGAGGGGUGGGAAGGGACAAUGGACCGAGUAUGAAUUGAAGUCGAAACUCAUCAACAAGGCGGUUCAGGAUAUCGGGAUGGGGAGGUAUAACUGGGAGCUCUUCGUCCUAUGCGGAUUCGGAUGGUUCGCAGAUAAUCUAUGGAUGCACGGCGUCGCUCUCACACUCCCAUCUCUAUCUGCCGAGUUCGGCAUCUCGGAGCAACGCGUCCGCUACACAACCUCGUCCAUCUUUCUCGGCCUCUGCUUCGGCUCCUUCGUCUGGGGCAUCGGCUCCGACGUGCUCGGCCGCCGCAUCGCCUUCAACCUCACCCUCCUCAUCACCGGCGUCUUCGGCAUCCUGCUGGCCUUCGCCCCGACCUGGGGCUCGGUGAACGUGCUCUUCGCCGCCCUCGGCUUCGGCGUCGGCGGGAACCUCCCCGUCGACGGCGCCUUGUUCCUCGAGUUCCUGCCCGACGCCUCGAGCAGCCUGCUGACGCUGCUGUCCGUGUGGUGGCCCGUCGGGCAGCUAUCCUCGUCGCUGGCCGCCUGGUACUUCAUCGCCAACUGGCCCGCCGACCAGGGCUGGCGCCGGUUCGUGCUGACCAUCGGGCUCGUCACCUUCUUCAUGUUCGUCGUGCGCUUCGUCGUCUUCCGCCUCUUCGAAUCGCCCAAGUUCCUGCUCUCCAAGGGCCGCCAGUCCGAGGCCAUCGCCGUCGUCCACGGCAUCGCUUCCCGCAACGGCGCCAAGACCUGGCUCACCGAGGAAGUCCUCGACGCCGUGGCGGACGGCGUGACCGGCGACGACGACGACGAACGCUCCGAGCAGGAGCGCUCCCGACGCAGCCGCGCCGGCGUGCACCGCCGGCCGGGGAGAACCGCUGACGCCCUUCGCGAGAGGAUGAGGGCCUUUUCCGGCGAGCGCCUCCGCCCCCUCUUCAAGACCCGCACCCUCGGCCUGGCGACCGUCAUCGUCUGGUUUGUCUGGGCCACCAUCGGCAUGGGCUACCCGCUCUUCAACGCCUUCCUCCCGCAGUACCUCUCGCACGGCGGCGCCGCCCCGCCGCCCGAGGGCUCCCCCGACGCCGGGGCGACGCCCAUCACCCCGGAUACGUACCGCACCUACGCCAUCACCUCGGCCGUCGGCGUGCCGGGCAGCCUGCUGGCCGCCUACCUCGUCGACCACAAGUCGCCCUAUCUCGGCCGCCGCGGCACCCUCGCGUGCUCCUCGCUCGUCUCGGCCGUCUUCCUCUUCUUGUUCGUGCGCUUCGGCACCUCGCCCGCGUCGCAACUGUUCUUCUCGUGCGUCGAGGCCUUUUCGCAGAACAUCAUGUACGGCGUCCUCUACGCCUUCACGCCCGAGAUCUUCCCGGCCCCCGUCCGCGGCGCCGGCACCGGCGUCGCGAGCUUCCUCAACAGGGCCAUGGGCCUGCUGGCGCCGGUGCUGGCGGCCAACGUGCUGGGCGACGGGACGACGACGCCCAUCUACCUGUCGGGCGCGCUGAUCCUCGCGGCGUUUGUGGGCAUGUGCCUGAUCCCCAUCGAGACGAGGGGGCGGCAGAGGCUGUGA